UGCUUCCCCCCCCAGUUACCAUCCUUCGGUAAUGCACACUCAUCCUCAGUUCACUGCGGUAUACGCUUAGGGGAGCACAUGCCAUGGAUCAGAAUCACAAACAAGACGAGCAGAGCGACUUGUUCGCCGGUUUUAGCUCGGCAUAUAAAUCGUUCGCCACAGAGGCAAUUCACGUCGGCCAGGAGCCGGAGCAAUGGAAAUCAAUGGCUGUAGUGCCGCCGAUUUCCCUAUCUACCACGUUCAAGCAGCUCGGACCAGGAAACCACGCCGGGUUUGAAUACAGCCGGAGUGGAAACCCUACAAGAAACUGUCUUGAGAAGGCGGUGGCUGCUUUGGAUGGAGCAAAGUAUAGCAUUGCUGUUGCCUCGGGCCUGGCAGCCACAGUGACCAUCACUCACUUGCUUAAGGCGGGUGAUGGAAUUGUCUGCAUGGACGAUGUGUACGGAGGCACAAACCGCUACUUCCAAAGAAUUGCCGUUGAACUUGGUCUGAAGGUGUCUUUUGCUGACUGUACAAAACCAGAGCUGCUGGAGGCUGCUCUGAAGGCCAACACUAAACUGGUGUGGAUUGAGACACCCACCAACCCCACAAUGAAGGUUGUUGACAUCAAGGCCUGUUCCGAGGUGGCCCAUAAAUACAACAAAGACAUAGUGGUGGUCGUGGACAAUACCUUCAUGUCUGCCUUCUUUCAGCGCCCCUUGGCUUUGGGAGCUGAUAUCUGCAUGUAUUCAGCUACCAAAUACAUGAACGGUCACAGUGACGUGGUAAUGGGUCUGGCCUCAAUGAACCGGGAUGAUCUGUAUGAUCGACUGAAGUUUCUGCAAAAUGCACUGGGCUGUGUACCAUCUCCCUUCGACUGCUUCCUGUGUAACCGAGGACUGAAGACACUACACCUGCGAAUGGAGAGGCACUUUAGGAAUGCCAUGGCUGCCGCCAAGUUUCUGGAGGCGGAUCCCAGGGUGGAGCAGGUCCUCUUCCCAGGCCUGCCCUCUCACCCCCAGCAUGAAGUGAUGAAAAGACAAUGCACCGGAUGUCCGGGGAUGAUAACCUUCUACAUUAAGGGAAAACUGGAGCACGCCAGCACCUUCCUCAGUAACCUCAAAUUGUUUGCGAUAGCUGAGAGUCUCGGUGGUUAUGAAAGUUUAGCAGAACAUCCGGCGAUUAUGACCCAUGCAUCAGUGCCAGAAAACGAGAGGAGAGUCCUGGGGAUCACUGACACACUCAUCCGACUCUCUGUGGGUCUGGAGGAUGAGGCUGACAUCAUUGAAGACCUGGAGCAAGCUCUUGCUGCUGCUCAUCCAAAGAAGAAGUGAAAUGUCUUCAGGGCAUCCUCGAGGCUGAGGUUGAAAUCAAUGGAAGUCGAGAUGAAGACCGAAGGUACCUUAAGUCUCUAAUCAUCGCAGAUCAACACUUGGUACCUCCGUUCAGCGCACAAGCAGCAGAGAUACAACUAUCAGGGAACAACUUGUUCUUUAAAAAAUAUAAAUCGUGCUAUCUGUGAAUUUUUACAUGAGAAUCUUUUUAAUGCCUAUUUUACUAGAACAUCAGUUAAGUAAUCUUAUUUAUCUUAUGCUGGGUUUUGCUUUGUUUUAUGUUUGCAUUUGUUUUGUUUUGUUUGGAGGGCUUUACUGGGCUGUAGUCCUAUUCAUUCAAGGCUGAUACAGUAUGAGUUUCUGCAGGAAAAACAAACAUUUUCUGUAUAAUCUUGCUAUGAACCUACUUCAGGCUGCAUCCUAGUUUUGAUGCACAGAACAGUCUCCAAAUGUAACUGCCCAAAGUACAACUGCAGCUGUAAUCUGUAUUAAUAAUUUCCUAAUUCUAGCUGGCAUAGUUUCCUAUAUAAAAGAGGUAGGCACGUAUUAAGGAUGUCUCAUUAGUCAGAUGGACUCAUUGGCAAAGUUAAUGUCCAAAAGUCAAAAACCUUCUUUAAUGUCAACAUCUGCUCAAAGAUUUUAGGUGCUUUUUCAGAACCAUUUAAAUCAUUUUAUGAAGAACAAACAAUAUCUCCAUUCAUCAUUAAUAUAAAUUUGUGUAUUUGGUUGCAGAAUGUUGAUAUGAUUUAUAUUAUGCUUCAUCAAAUGUAUGCCUUGUAAAGAAAAGGAGAGGAAGUUUGAGAGGAUAUUUGUAUAAAUGAGGGAGUGUUUGGUAAGCACAUGCCUUUAUUUGGAGCAGAAUUUCCCAGCAUUGAUGAUGUUUGAGGUUUUUAUAAUAACAAGUGAAGGCUAUUAUAGGAGUAUUUCUCAGAAUAAAGUUUGAUGACACAAAAAGCGUUUGGGCCAAUGACAAAAAAAACACCCUCCCCCCAGGUCAGAACUUGCAUGUUUUGUAUCUGUGCAGAGAAAAAUGUUUCACUCAGGCACUUCCACCUGCUGCUCUACCACGCUUCAUUUGGGACAGACCAUUCACCAUCAAUGUCAUUUAUGUAACUAACAAAUCCAUUAAAAUCAGUUUGCAGUAU